AUGCCGAACGCUUCCAAGGUUGCCUCCCUCCUCCUCUACGCGAUCACUCGUCCGAGCGAAGUCAAGGCUAUCAUCACGUACAAGCUCUGGCGCGACCCGCUCAACACCAUCGAGAGGAACCCAGAGUCAGGAUGGGACCGACCGGAGAUGAAGCGGUGCUGGGAGUUCCUCGACCUCACCUCCCGAAGUUUCGCAGCGGUGAUCCACGAGCUUGAUGGUGAUCUCUCACGAGUGGUCGCCCUCUUCUACCUCGUCCUGCGCGGCCUCGACACGAUCGAGGACGACAUGACCAUCCCCAUCGAGAAGAAGGCGCCGCUGCUUGAGGAGUUCUACCAGAAGCUCGAAGUGGAUGGGUGGAAUUUCCAGGAGUCGGGACCGAACGAGAAGGACAGGAUCCUGCUGCAGGAGUUCCAGGUCGUAGUCGCCGAAUUCAAGCGACUCGACCAGCAUUACCGCACCGCCAUCUCCGACAUCACGAAGAAGAUGGGAGCCGGUAUGUCGCGAUACGCCAAGCUGCACGCUGCGAGCGGCGGCAAGUUCUCGGUCGACACGCUCCCCUCCUUCGACCUGUACUGCCACUUCGUCGCGGGUCUCGUCGGCGAAGGUCUCUCGCGCCUGUUCUCGGCGUCGCAGAAGGAGUCGCCAUACCUCGGCCAGCAGCUCACGCUGUCCAACUCGAUGGGCCUGAUGCUGCAGAAGACUAACAUCCUUCGCGACUUCCGCGAGGACGUCGACGAGGGACGCGUCUUCUGGCCUGCCGAGAUCUGGAAGAAGUACGUCUCGGCGCCGGAGGAGCUGUACAAGAAGGGCAACGAGGAGAAGGCGCUGUGGGCGCUCUCGGAGAUGACUGUCGACGCGCUCGCGCACGCGACCGACGCACUCGACUACCUCACCCUCCUCCGCAACCAGUCCGUCUUCAACUUCUGCGCCAUUCCGCAGGUCAUGGCGAUCGCGACGCUCGAACGGUGCUUCAUGAACCCGGCGGUCGUCCAGCGGAACGUCAAGAUCCGCAAGGGCGAGGCGGUCAAUCUCAUUCUUGGCGCGACAAACCCUCGCGACGUCUCGUACAUGUUCCGCGACUACGCCCGCAAGAUCCACGCCAAGGCCCGCCCGAACGACCCUUCCUUCAUCAAGAUCGCUGUUCUCGUCGGCCGGAUCGAGCAAUGGACCGAGACGCGCUACCCGUCCUUCAUUUCCCCUGGCAUGCCCGUCCCGACUUCGAGCGAAGACUGGGCUCCUGGGCGCGACGCACGGAUCAAGCAGCUGCCUGGUCCGCCGCCCGAGGUCGUCGAGAAGAGGAGGUUGGCGGAGCAGUUUGCACGUGGGCAGCGAGCGAGCGGCAACGACUACGUCUUCCUCGCGAUGGUCCUCGGCGGCAUGCUCGGACUCGCGGCUGUCAUCAUGCUCACCACCGGCGGACUUACCUGGCUGCUGGUCUUGCGCGAGAAUGCACCCUGGGGAGAAAAGGCCGUCAAGGCCAGUGCGUCGGCGGCGGCUGCGGCUGUCAAGCAAGAGUUGUGA